AUGGGGCACUGCGGCCCUGGGGAGGUUGGGGCGGAGCGCUGCGAGGGGCCCGGAGCUGCAGUCCCGCUCCGGAGCGCGGGGGGCGCUGUGCGGGGCCCGGGCUGCGGCUCCGCUCCCGGCCACGGGGGGCGCUGCGCUGCGCCGGUGAUCUUUGUAGAAUUUGAUGGCUGUAACUGGAAGCAACACUCCUGGGUUAAAGUUCAUGCUGAAGAAGUUAUUGUGCUUCUGUUGGAAGGGUCACUUGUAUGGGCACCCCGGAAGGACCCAGUCCUUCUCCAGGGCACUCGAGUGUCAAUUGCACAGUGGCCAGCUCUGACUUUCACUCCCCUAGUAGAUAAACUGGGUUUGGGUUCUGUGGUUCCAGUCGAAUACCUUCUGGAUCGAGAGCUUCGUUUCCUAUCAGAUGCUAAUGGGUUGCAUCUGUUCCAGAUGGGAACAGAUAGCCAAAACCAAAUUCUUUUGGAACAUGCUGCACUGAGAGAAACAGUUAAUGCUUUGAUCAGUGACCAAAAGCUACAAGAGAUAUUCAGCCGAGGUCCCUACAGUGUUCAAGGUCACAGGGUCAAGGUAUACCAGCCAGAGGGGGAAGAAGGGUGGCUCUAUGGUGUUGUAAGCCAUCAAGAUUCCAUCACCCGUCUUAUGGAGGUGUCUGUAACUGAGAGUGGUGAGAUCAAGUCGGUAGAUCCCAGACUAAUCCAUGUGAUGCUGAUGGAUAACUCGACGCCUCAGAGUGAGGGGGGUACGUUAAAAGCAGUAAAAUCUUCCAAAGGAAAGAAGAAGAGAGAGAGCAUAGAGGGGAAAGAUGGCCGGAGGAGGAAAAGUGCUUCGGACUCAGGGUGUGACCCUGCAUCAAAGAAAUUAAAAGGAGACAGGGGUGAAGUAGACAGUAAUGGGAGCGAUGGAGGUGAGGCAAGCCGAGGGCCCUGGAAAGGAGGGAAUGCCAGUGGAGAGCCAGGGCUGGAUCAGAAAGCCAAGCAGCCACCGUCUACAUUUAUUCCUCAGAUUAACCGCAACAUUCGCUUUGCCACUUACACCAAAGAAAACGGCAGGACUCUGGUGGUGCAGGAUGAGCCUGUAGGUGGGGACACACCUGUACCUUUCACUCCAUAUUCUACAGCCACAGGUCAGACACCUUUGGCACCAGAGGUGGGUGGAGCUGAAAACAAAGAGGCAGGAAAAACACUGGAACAAGUUGGCCAGGGCAUGGUGGCUUCAGCAGCUGUGGUCACUACCGCCAGCUCCACCCCAACCACGGUGAGGAUCUCAGACACUGGCCUUGCUUCAGGGACUGGGCCAGAAAAACAGAAAGGCAGCCGGUCACAGGCCUCAGGAGAGAAUUCAAGAAAUUCUAUUCUGGCCUCUUCUGGAUUUGGAGCACCUCUCCCAAGUUCAUCGCAACCUUUGACUUUUGGAAGUGGAAGAAGCCAAUCCAAUGGGGUUCUAGCCACAGAGAAGAAACCUUUGGGCUUUUCUUUUGGCUGUAGCUCUGCACCAGAGUCUCAGAAAGACUCUGAUCUCUCCAAAAACUUGUUUUUUCAAUGCAUGUCCCAAACUUUACCCACCAGUAACUACUUCACUACUGUUUCAGAGAGUUUGGCUGAUGAUUCCUCCAGUCGGGACUCAUUUAAACAAAGCCUGGAGAGCCUGAGCUCAGGCUUGUGUAAAGGCAGAUCCACUCUUGGAGCAGACACUAAGCCAGGCUCUAAAGCUGGCAGCUCUGUGGACCGGAAAGUGCCUGCAGAGUCCAUGCCCACCCUCACUCCAGCCUUCCCACGGAGCCUCUUAAAUACCCGCACCCCAGAGAGUCAUGAAAAUCUAUUUUUACAGCCCCCCAAACUGUCCCGAGAAGAGCCUUCUAACCCUUUCCUGGCAUUUGUGGAGAAAGUUGAACAUAGCCCUUUCAGCAGCUUUGCAUCUCAGGCAUCAGGUAGCUCUUCCUCUGCUACCACCAUCACCUCCAAGGCAGUACCCAGCUGGCCCGAAUCUCACUCCUCUGCAGAUUCGGCAACUUUAGCGAAGAAAAAAACCCUCUUCAUUACAACUGACUCCUCCAAGCUGGUGUCUGGUGUUCUGGGCUCAGCUCUUACUACCGGAGGCCCAAGCCUCUCUGCCAUGGGGAAUGGCCGUUCCAGCUCACCCACCAGCAGCCUCACCCAGCCCAUUGAGAUGCCUACUCUCUCCUCCAGCCCCACAGAGGAGAGGCCAACUGUGGGGCCUGGGCAGCAGGACAAUCCCCUCCUCAAAACCUUUAGUAACAUCUUUGGCAGGCACUCAGGCAGCUUUCUGUCCUCCCCAGCAGAUUUUUCACAGGAAAACAAAGCUCCUUUUGAAGCUGUGAAAAGGUUCUCACUGGAUGAGCGAAGCUUGGCUUGUAGACAGGACUCGGACUCCAGCACCAACAGUGACCUGUCAGAUUUGAGCGACUCUGAGGAGCAGCUGCAGGCCAAGACUGGCCUAAAGGGGAUUCCAGAGCACCUGAUGGGGAAGCUGGGUCCCAAUGGGGAGCGCAGUGCUGAGCUGUUGCUGGGCAAAGGCAAAGGGAAGCAGGCCCCCAAGGGCCGGCCUCGGACCGCCCCUCUGAAAGUUGGCCAGUCCGUGCUGAAAGAUGUGAGCAAAGUGAAGAAGCUGAAGCAGUCUGGAGAGCCCUUCCUGCAGGAUGGGUCAUGCAUCAACGUGGCACCUCACCUGCACAAGUGUCGUGAGUGUCGCCUGGAGCGGUAUCGGAAGUUUAAGGAACAGGAGCAAGAUGAUUCUACUGUAGCCUGCCGCUUCUUUCACUUCCGGAGGUUGAUCUUCACUAGAAAGGGGGUACUCCGUGUGGAGGGGUUUCUAAGUCCCCAGCAAAGUGACCCUGACGCCAUGAACCUGUGGAUUCCCUCUUCCUCCCUAGCAGAAGGGAUAGACCUAGAGACCUCAAAAUACAUCCUGGCCAAUGUCGGGGACCAGUUCUGCCAGCUCGUAAUGUCUGAGAAGGAGGCCAUGAUGAUGGUGGAGCCACACCAGAAAGUGGCAUGGAAGCGAGCUGUGCGUGGUGUUCGGGAGAUGUGUGAUGUAUGUGAAACAACACUCUUCAACAUCCACUGGGUUUGUCGCAAAUGUGGAUUUGGAGUCUGCCUUGACUGUUACCGGCUCAGGAAAAGCCGUCCUCGCAGUGAAACAGAGGAAAUGGGUGAUGAAGAGGUUUUCUCCUGGUUGAAGUGUGCAAAGGGUCAGUCCCAUGAACCAGAGAAUCUCAUGCCCACACAGAUCAUCCCUGGCACAGCUCUUUACAAUAUUGGAGACAUGGUACAUGCUGCCCGGGGCAAGUGGGGAAUUAAAGCAAACUGCCCUUGUAUCAGUCGGCAGAACAAAUCCGUGUUGAGACCUGCUGUCACCAAUGGGAUGUCACAGCUUCCUAGCAUAAACCCUAGUGCCUCUUCUGGAAACGAAACUACCUUCUCAGGUGGAGGAGGAAUUGCAACAGUAGCAACUCCAGAACCCGACCAUGUUCCCAAAGCCGACAGCACUGACAUCAGAUCUGAAGAGCCUCUGAAAGCAGACAGUUCGGCUUCAGAUAGCAAUAGUGAGCUAAAAGCCAUCAGGACCCCUUGCCCUGACACAGCCCCACCCUCCUCUGCCCUGCACUGGUUGGCGGAUUUAGCAACUCAGAAGGCUAAAGAAGAAACGAAAGAAGCAGGGUCCCUGAGGUCAGUUCUCAGUAAAGAAUCUCAUUCACCCUUUGGUCUGGACUCAUUCAACUCCACUGCUAAGGUCUCUCCGUUGACUCCAAAGCUUUUUAACAGUCUUUUACUGGGUCCCACUGCCUCGAACAACAAAACUGAAGGUUCUAGCCUUCGAGACCUCCUUCACUCUGGGCCCGGGAAGCUUCCUCAAACCCCCUUGGACACAAGCAUACCUUUCCCCCCGGUCUUCUCUACAUCCUCAGCAGGUGUGAAGAACAAGGCCAGCCUACCCAACUUUCUUGACCACAUCAUUGCCUCAGUGGUAGAAAAUAAGAAAACCUCAGAUGCUUCAAAGCGAGCCUGCAACUUGACUGAUACCCAAAAGGAAGUGAAGGAGAUGGUGAUGGGGUUAAAUGUGCUAGACCCCCAUACUUCUCACUCCUGGCUCUGUGAUGGGAGGCUUCUGUGUCUUCAUGACCCCAGCAACAAAAACAAUUGGAAGAUCUUCCGGGAGUGUUGGAAGCAAGGCCAGCCAGUACUGGUUUCAGGGGUACAUAAAAAGCUCAAGUCUGAACUCUGGAAGCCAGAGGCCUUUAGCCAGGAAUUUGGAGACCAGGAUGUGGACUUGGUGAACUGCAGGAACUGUGCUAUAAUAUCCGAUGUGAAAGUUCGGGAUUUCUGGGAUGGCUUUGAGAUCAUAUGCAAGCGACUAAGGUCAGAAGAUGGACAGCCAAUGGUGCUCAAACUCAAGGACUGGCCUCCUGGGGAAGAUUUUCGGGACAUGAUGCCAACAAGGUUUGAAGAUCUGAUGGAAAACCUUCCUCUGCCAGAAUAUACCAAACGAGAUGGCAGGCUCAAUCUGGCCUCUAGGCUACCCAGCUACUUCGUAAGGCCCGAUCUGGGCCCCAAGAUGUACAAUGCCUAUGGCUUGAUAACAGCAGAAGAUAGACGAGUUGGCACAACAAAUCUUCAUUUAGAUGUUUCUGAUGCUGUUAAUGUGAUGGUGUAUGUUGGGAUCCCUAUUGGGGAAGGUGCUCAUGAUGAAGAGGUACUCAAGACAAUUGAUGAGGGAGAUGCCGAUGAGGUGACAAAGCAGAGGAUUCAUGAUGGAAAAGAGAAGCCAGGUGCUUUAUGGCACAUCUAUGCAGCCAAGGAUGCAGAGAAGAUCCGGGAGCUGCUGCGAAAGGUUGGAGAAGAACAAGGCCAAGAGAAUCCCCCUGAUCAUGACCCAAUUCAUGACCAAAGUUGGUACCUGGACCAGACUCUCCGUAAGCGACUCUAUGAAGAAUAUAGCGUGCAAGGCUGGGCCAUUGUGCAGUUCCUAGGUGAUGCCGUCUUCAUACCUGCUGGAGCCCCACACCAGGUCCACAAUCUAUACAGUUGCAUAAAAGUAGCAGAAGACUUUGUAUCUCCUGAACACGUAAAGCACUGUUUCCGCCUGACUCAGGAAUUCAGGCAUCUCUCUAACACUCAUACAAAUCAUGAGGAUAAACUGCAGGUGAAGAACAUCAUUUACCAUGCAGUGAAAGAUGCUGUUGGCACCCUCAAGGCUCAUGAAUCCAAACUGGCAAGGUCUUAGGCAUGGAGAAAUUCUAAACUCCCCUGUGAAGCAGGUCUUUCACUCACAACACUUACAGGGAAUGGCAGGGUUCUCUGCUGGAGCAGAAGCCCUUCACCUGGAGCCAGUGUGGUCAGUAUUACAAACUCUCCAGCCACUCUUUUCUACGCUGCCUCAACACUGAAGGUUGACACAGGAAAGUUGCACUGUUCACACACAGUUUCAGACUCCAAGCCGAAGGUGCCACUUCCCCAUCCUGUGGCCUUUUGGGAAUCCAAAUUGCCUGAACAUCACUGGGCUUUCCAGCACAUUCUCCUGAUUUGAGAUUCAUGGAAACCAAGAAUGUGGGCACACCUUUCUUUUCCUCUUGUGCCUAUUUAAGUGGGAAUGUGUUUGGAGGUAGGGGGAAUUGCAUAACUGGUAUAAGUAGGGGGUAAUUGCUUAAAUAU